AUGUAUCACAAGGAGCCGGAUGUGAGGUUCGUGGAGAGCAAGAUCACCGGCCCGCAAGACAUCAUCUCGGCAGCAGAGGGGCUGAGGAAUUCGCGCUUCUGUCUGAACGCGGCGGGAGUCACCCCUUCGUCCGCCCGCCUCUUUGACGCCAUCACCAGCCACUGUGUGGCGGUGGUCACUCCCUCUCUCCCUCCUUCCCUCUCCCUUCCCACCCAACAGGCAGCAGAGGGUCUGAGGAGUUCCCGCUUCUGCCUCAACGCGGCGGGAGACACCCCUUCAUCCGCCCGACUCUUUGACGCCAUUGCCAGCCACUGUGUGCCGGCAGCAGAGGGGCUGAGGAAUUCGCGCUUCUGCCUGAACGCGGCGGGAGACACCCCUUCAUCCGCCCGACUCUUUGACGCCAUCACCAGCCACUGCGUGCCCGUUGUGAUCAGCAACAAGAUCGAGCUGCCUUUUGAAACAUCAAUAGACUACUCCGACUUCACGCUGUUUGUCUCCCAUGAGGACGCCCUGCGCCAGGGCUAUCUGCUGCGCCUGCUGCGCACAUUCCCCAAGGAGAGGUGGCUGCGCAUGUGGCAGAACCUGCAGCAAGUGAAGCACCACUUUGAGUUCCAGUACCCAUCGCAACCAGGUGACGCGGUCAGCAUGGUGUGGAGGGAAAUUCGCAAGAAGCUUCCUCGCGUGCGGCUGGCAAUCCACCGGGGCAAGCGGCUAGUGGUGCGCGAUUGGACCAAUGUGUGA